AUGAAGUAUCUUCUGCUUCUGUCUCUCCUCAUAUGCCUUACAUUUAGUGUUGGGGGAAAGACCUUUGGACGCUGUGAAUUAGCCCAAUUGUUGAAGAAAGCUGGCUUGGAGGGAUAUCGUGGAUACAGUCUGGCUGAUUGGGUCUGCUUAGCCUUCUAUGAGAGCCACUUUGACUCAGCGCUUGUGGACCAUGAAGCUGAUGGCAGCACCAGCAAUGGCAUCUUCCAGAUCAACAGUCACCUUUGGUGCGAAGAUUACAAACACGGGAAACCAAACCUCUGCCAAAUGCAUUGCAGCGAUCUGCUGACAAGUAAUAUCAAGGAUGAUAUCGUCUGUGCCAUGCGGAUUGCACAAGGACCCAGAGGCCUGGGAUCUUGGAUGGGUUGGAGAGAAAAUUGUGAAGGUCUAGAGUUGUCUGCCUGGUUGAAAGGAUGCAAGUAUACAAAGAAUGUGGAAUGUCUCACUCAUCUUUAUAACUGCCCUACAAGUAAAUGCCUGGAUCUGUUUCCUAGAUCAACCAUCUGUGGUUGUGACCUAACCUAUUACUUGAAAAUGGAUAUAGAUACUCCUCGAAAGGAAUACAGUUCUCCCAAGUGUGCCAAGAGUUCACGAGAAGAUUUAAAGUUCUCAGAACAGAAUUUUCAGGAAGAAAGUCUAGGAUUGCACUCAACUCAAUGUCCAGUGAUAGUUUACCACAUUGUGAAAGAAGUGAGGUAA